AUGCAGCGACAACAAGGCAUGCCACUCGAUGAGUGUUAUGUUCCCUACUUGCAGAUGGCCGGGUUAUACCAUCUGGCUAGGCUGAACGAUAGUGGGUUCCGGUUAGAUGAGCCCAUUGUCAGCGCCUUCGUCGAGCGGUGGCGUCCUGAGACGCACACUUUCCAUAUGCCCUUCGGAGAGUACACGAUCACGUUUCAGGACGUGGCGUACCAGUUGGGGUUGGCAGUGGACGGGCGUUAUGUCAGCGGUUGCCUUACAGAUUUCCAUAUGUAUAUCGAGGGUGGACGUCCAGCUUGGGUAUGGUUCGAGGAGUUGCUUGGAGUGAUUCCUCCUCCGAGCCAGGUUCAGAAGUUCGCAGUAAACUGCACCUGGUUCCAGGAGACUUUCGGAGAGUGCCCUGAGGGAGCCGAUGAGGAGACUGUGCGGCGCUUUGCUCGUGCCUAUAUCAUGAUGUUGUUGGGCACUCAGCUGUUUGCCGACAAGUCCGGCAACCACAUUCACAUCAGAUGGCUUCCCUAUGUAGCUAGGCUUGAGGAGAUGGGUUCCUACAGUUGGGGGUCUGCAGCAUUGGCAUGGUUGUACUGGUGCAUGUGCCGAGUGGCAAACAGACAUGUGGUGAAGUUAGCGGGCCCACUUCAGCUACUUCAGUCCUGGAUUUUCUGGCGCUUUUCCAGGUUUAGGCCUGCUGGGUAUGAUACGUGCAGCUAG